AUGGGUUUCCUGGGUGUUUAUACCGCAGUAUAUGAUUAUAUUCCGGCAGGUGAGGGAGAACUUACUAUCAAGGAAGGUGAUAUCCUCUAUGUGCUAGAGAAGAGUACAGAAGACGACUGGUGGAAAGCAAAGAAGAAGGCCUCUGCAGACGAUGAGGAUGAACCCGUGGGAUUAAUCCCAAAUAACUACAUCCAGGAGGCAGUACCAUCUAGCAAAGCUAGAGCUCUCUACGAUUACACGAGACAGACAGACGAGGAGUUAUCAUUCACGGAAGAUGCACAACUCGAGGUUUUCGACACAUCAGAUCCAGACUGGAUCUUGGUAGGCUUCGAGGGAGAGUAUGGCUUCGUGCCUGCAAAUUAUAUUGAAUUAUCUGAGAACUUAGAAGAGUCCAAAGAAGCACCUGCUCCAAAUCUUCCAAGCCGACCAAGACCACCACCAGUUGCAGUAGAAGAAGAAGCACCGCAGGCGCCCGAGUCUCCUCUACCACCUCAGUCCCCCGAAUCCCCAGUAGUUGCGACCCCGGCCACUGCAAUCGCAGGUAUAUUAAAUCAGCAACAACAGAGGAAAUCAUCCGCUCCGGUAGCUCGAGCCCCACCAGAAUUCACCCCCGAAGCCUCCGAUGAAGAUCCACCCACACCUACGUUACCUGCGAGGCCAGUAUCACAAGUAUCUGUCCCGCAGCCUAGUCGAGAGCGAGAUCGAGAAUCUACCCGGCAUUACUCCCCAAGGCUUCCUGCGUCUCCUACUGGUGUUGCUGCAUCCCCUCCUUACAAUAGAGUAUCUUUCGCUACAAUGGGCGUAGUAGAUGCCCCAGAUGAGCCUAGAGCGAGUCGUGCACCAGGUGGAUUUCACAUGUAUAACAUCAGCGAGAUGGUUCAUGUAAUGGGUAAAAAGAAGAAAAUGCCCACGACUCUCGGUAUCAACAUCGCUACAGGUACAAUUUUGAUUGCUCCCGAGCAAGCCCGAGAUGGACCAGAACAAACUUGGACAGCAGAGAAAAUGACGCAUUAUUCAUUGGAAGGCAAGCAUGUUUUCAUGGAACUAGUACGCCCUACCAAGAGUAUUGAUUUCCACGCCGGGGCCAAAGACACCGCGACAGAAAUUGUGAGUGCAUUGGGAGAACUUGCGGGCGCCGCUCGAGCAGAGGGAUUAAGAGAGGUUAUUGCAGCAGGAUCUGGAUCUGGCCAGAAGAGAGGACAGGUUCUCUACGAUUUCGUCGCACAAGGAGAGGAUGAAGUAGAUGUGAAUGUUGGGGAUGAAGUCGUUAUAAUUGACGACAUCAAGAGUGAGGAAUGGUGGAUGGUACGGCGGGUCAAGAAUGCGAAAGAAGGAGUUGUUCCAAGUAGUUACAUCGAAGUUGUUGGUACAGUGCAACCACCAAGUUCGGCUGGAAUAAACGCGGGGCGAUCAACCGUUGAACAAAAUCGACUCGAGGAAGCGCGACUAGCAAGGGAAGCCCUGAAGACAGCGAAGAGAGAUGAGGUUGAGAAGAGACGAGAUAAUGGCAGAGAAAGCAGCUCUUCGAAAUCUUCAAAGUCCAAACCUGACCCUGCCAAAGUAAGAACCUGGACGGACCGCUCAAAGUCCUUUAGUGUUGAGGCACAAUUUCUAGCGCUGAAAGACGGUAAGAUAAACCUUCACAAAAUGAACGGCGUGAAAAUUGCUGUCCCAGUUGUCAAAAUGUCAGUUGAAGAUCUGGAAUAUGUUGAACGGAUGACGGGUAUAUCCUUGGAUGAAGAUAAGCCGUUAUCAGACAUCAAAAAGCAGCAAAAGUCACGAGCAGCCGAAAGACAGCCGAGCAACGGUGCAAGUGUCGGCGCAAGCAUUGAACGUCCAGAGUAUGACUGGUUCCAAUUCUUCCUCUCCUGCGACGUUGCUGUGGGUCUUUGUGAGAGAUAUGCACAGGCAUUCAAGCGAGAUUCUAUGGAUGAGAGUGUUUUGCCUGAUAUUGAUGCCACUGUACUUCGGAACCUUGGAAUUCGCGAGGGCGAUAUCAUCAAAAUAAUAAGAUUCAUAGACAAGAAGUACAUGCGAAAAGAUGGGAAGCGAAACGUCAGCCUUGGUGACGAUGAGGGUGAAGCUGGCCUCUUCUCUGGACCCGGUGGUACAUUGAAAAACAAUACUCGAAAAGCUCGUCCCGCUCCUGCUGUAACAACUAAUGAUGUGGUGGAUGCGAACGCCUUUUCGCAGAAUGGUACCGAGAAGUCAUCCCCUCAAGGUGUUGCCACACCCCUUGCAACUGCUCCAACUCCAGCAGGAAAGGAUGUCAAGCGAGGAGGGUUCGAUGAUGAUGCAUGGGAUGUUAAGCCAUCAAAACAAGAAGCCACAAGCAGUGCGCCUGUCGAGUCCACACCGGCCCCAGCUCCCGCUCCACAGCAACCAGCUAUUACUGGCUCGAUGCAAGAACUUUCGCUGCUGUCCACUCCUCUCGAACCCGUAAAAGCACAGCCGAUUGCUCAAGCAACAUCGCAACCCCAAGGCCCACCUGCCGUCACUCCUUCAAUAUUUGCUGGAAUUGGAAAUCAACAAACUGGGCUCCCUCAACAGCAGCCUGCCCCUUCUGGGCCUUUGUUCCCAGCAAACUUAGCGCGUCAACGUCCUGGACCUCCUCAAAUGGGCGCAAACACGACUCUGAUACCACCACUUCCUCCUUCGCGACCUUUAUCGGCUCCUCAAGCUGUGACCGCUUACGCCCCACCUCCACUCCAAGCUCAAGCUACUGGGUAUGGAGCUUUCCAGCCUCAAAUUGCUCCUCCUGGACAAAGUCUGCAUGAUCUCAAUCAACAACGCAUGCAACAGCAGCAACAGCAAAUGCAACAACAACAAUUUAUGCAACAGCAAACUGGCAUGAUGCAACAACCUACCGGAUUCAAUCAAUUCAAUCCUGGAGCACCUAACAACUUUCAGCAAUUCCCCAUGCAAACGGGCGCUCCUCAGCAAUUCAUACCAAACCAAACAGGUACACCAUUUGCAAACCCUCCAGUACAGCCAUUCCAACCACAACCACUUCAACCUCAAGUCACAGGCUUCCAGAGUGCAUUCCCUACUGGACAACAAUUCCCUCAACCUACCGGUGUAAACUCAUUCUUGCCUCCUGCCAUGCAACCUCAGCAAACAGGCAUGAUGAAUGGAGCAACCGGUUUUGGUGGUCAGAAUUUCCCUGCACCACCGGCUCCACCUGCGCCACAGCAACACCCAUCCCCAUUAAUCCCUCAAGCGACUGGGCCAGCACCACCAGUUCGUUUCGGACUUAAUGGCACUAAUAACAUCGCGCCACAGCCCACUGGCAGACGCGCGAACCUUUCACAAGCCACUCCUCAAAAUCCAUUUGGAUUUUAA